AUCAGGGUGUAAGUCAGCCAGAGAGACAAGGAAAAUUUUGGAUCUAUAGGAGAAAGAACUUUCAAACAGCAAAAGUCACCCAAAAAUGGAAUACCAGCUUCUAGAUAUAAAGGGCAAUGAACAAAUUGAAAAAUAUUCUUGGAGAGAAGCUUGUGAUAUUGGCAGCUCAAGAAUGGACAGAAAGCAUGGAAAAUACAUAUUGAACGUUGAGCACUCUGAAAACCAGCCGCCAAUCACACAUCCAAAUGACCAAGAGGCUCACAGUUCCAUAUGCUGGUGUCUACCUUCAAAUGAUAUAACCAGUGAUGUCUCUCCCAACUUAACUGGGGUCUGCGUGAACCCAGGAGUCCUUGCACAUUCAAGAUGUCUACAGUCAGAAUCCUGUAACACACAGGUAAAAGAAUAUUGCCGCAAUGACUGGUCUAUGUGGAAAGUCUUCCUGGCUUGUCUCUUAGCCUGUGUGAUAAUGACAGCAAUUGGAGUACUUAUAAUAUGCUUGGUGAAUAACAAAGGAUCUGCCAAUUCCUCCGUUGUUAUUCAGCUAUCCACAAAUGAUGGAGAGUGUGUGACUGUCAAACCUGGAACACCCUCUCCUGCUUGUCCAGCUACAGUGACCACCACUUCAACUGUACCUGCAAGUACAGCCACUGAAACUACAACUUCAACAGCUACAGCUGCCACCACUUCCACAGAACCUAUAACUGUUGCACCUACCGAUCAAUUAUAAUUUAAACAGCCAUAGCCAUCACUUCAACUGAAACUUUAACCUCUACCACUUCAACUCAGUUUGCAACUAUAAUAGCUACUCCUAUCUUCAAGUGGAAUCGUGGCUGCAGUCACUUUAACAGACUCUAUAACCGUUACAUCUUCAACAAAAUCAAGUCCUACUUCAACUUAAACUUACUUGACAACUCAAAUAAUCACCACUUCGACCAUCUCUUUGACUGAAUCAACAACUACAUUCCCUUCAACUGAAUCUGCAACCACUUCCACUUAACCUAUAACUACUGUAACUUCUACUUAGCCUACAGUAACAAUGCUCAUCACUCUUUUCCAAAAAUGUAUAAUCUCCACCUAUUCAUCUGAGGACUAAGCUCUGAUUUUUUAUCUUGCCCAAAUUCCUUUCUAAGGGGUAUGGGGAGUCAUGCCCUACAAACCAUAAAUUCUCAUCAGAUGGGUUUUAUUUAACCCUGUAUAUUGUGACUUACUUUCUAAUCUGACUCUGGCAUAACAAGGGAAAAAAAUCAAAAUGUUUUACCCCAAAAUAUAUUUCCUUGCCAUACCUUGAAAUUGUCCUGCAAAGUCUCUUGUGGAGAAACUCCACAUUCUAUAGAGAAUAUCCUUUCCCCUUUGUUUUCCUUCCUUUCUUUCCAGAUCCAGGAGAUAAUCAACUAACAGCCAGGCACCCUUUUAGGUCUAAUAAGAAACACUUUACAACCUGCUCUCUCUCUGAAGUCUUCUUUCUGAGAGAUUCCUCUGCACAAUAAAACUUGAUCUCCACAAUCCUUUAUCUUAACCUGAACAUUCCUUUCCAUGGACCUCAGGUCUUCAGAUAAACUAAACCAAUAGUCAACCAGAACAUGUUUAAAUUUACCUAUAGCCUGGAAGCCCCAACUUUGAGUUGUCCUGCCUUUCUGAACCAAGCCAAUGUAUUUCUUAAAUGUAUUUGAUUGAUGUCUUGUGUCUCCCUAAAAAUAUAUAAAACCAAACUGUACCCUAGCCACUUUGGACACAUGUUCUCAGGACCUCCUGAGGGCUGUGUCGUGAGCCAUGGUCACUCAUAUUUGGCUCAGAAUUAAUCUCUUAAAAUAUUUUACAGAGUUUGACUCUUUUUGUCAACACAUCCGAACCUGCAACUACAAAUGCCAACAUUACCACUUAAAACUUGAUAGAACUAGCAUCAGUCAUCAAAAUAACCUGUUCUAUAUUAAGUUAACUUUUAGUUAUCACCAGUAAUACUAGCCUACAACUACUCGCCACACUGGCUCUUCCCCAAAAUUGAAAUUGUACAAUAUGUGAGUCUAGUUCUUGCUAACAUAACAUUAUUGCCUACAUUAAAAGCUUCUGCAAAGC